GCUUCCUACCGCAAUUAAAGAGUAGAAGAAGAAGACAGCCGCCGUUAGCUUAGCUAGCUAGCUAGCUGGUUACAACCAUGUUUACCUGAUGCCCGUGAACAAUAGGACGUAACGUCACGUGUUUGUUGUUAAAAAGGCAUUUAAAUACGUGCUUCAUCAACACACUAAUGCUGUGGAGGAGGACUGGUGUACUUCUCUCCUGAGAGGCUAACGGCAAAAAAAGGAAGCAAUGAACUUCCAGAGCAGUCGGCGGCGAGGAGAGGAUGGCAUCGCCGUGGUGAUUGAUUUCCUGCUGUCUAAUGCCCAGCUGGUUCUGGGAGUCGGUGGGGCUGCCGUGCUAGGAAUUGCUACGCUGGCAGUGAAACGGCUGAUCGAGCGUGCGGGCCGUGCAGCUGAUGAUGAAAAAGUGGAGCAGAAGAUAGCUGAGAGCUGGGAGGAGUUGAGUUUGGUCUCUGCUUCCCCGACACUAAUCAAGAAGGGCAUCGAGGGCGUGGUGAUGAAACAUGUUGCCAUGGCAGCCAGACAGCAGAAAGCUGACCUUUCACAACAACCUCAGACGUCCUCUCCGGAGGUGCCAUCUAAACCCGAGUCAAAGUCCAAGAAACUCCAGCUGUGCGUCCUCAGUUUGCAGGAGCGACUGCAGCAGUACUACCACACAAGGGCGGCACUAUCUCCAGACGAGGUCCGGAGGGCUCAGUCUCUAGCUGUGGACAUCUGCACUGAGAUCCAGGGCUUUCUGCACAGCCGUCUGCCCGACAUGCCUCUGGGAGAAAUGAGCCUCGGAGGUUCUCUAGUGGAUGACCUGCAGGUGGUCAGUGCGGACCAUGCAUGUCUGCUGAUGCCUCUACAGCUGGAAGCCUCUCUGUGGCGUCUCAUCCCGGGAGAGGAGACGCUGCUCACACACCCGCUGCACUGGAUGGUCCGACGGGUCAAUGUGGAAUAUUUUCCCAGAGGACUCAGCUACUGGGACAGGUACCUGGUUGGUGGUUACCUGUCUUCAGAAGCGGUGGUGAACAUGUUGAGUAAAAGUGUCAUGGAAACUAUAAACUGGCCGUCCAUCAGCAGCACUCUGGACUGUCUCGUCAGACCUGUUCUGGGAGGUCCAGACCUUAGAGUGGAGAUUCGGCCUGGAAGUGAAGACGGUGCAGGGAGCAGUGAUCAGCCCCUGUUCAUCUCCAUUCUGCCUAUGCUGAGGAAGGAGGACGUGGUCCUGACCGCCCAGCCGGAGCUCACCUCUCCCUGGGUCAACGCCUGGCACCUGUCUCUCUACCCGUGGGAGAACCAGCGACUGACUCAGCUCGACAGCGCCGACGCCGGACACCGCAGGCACACGCUCAAAAUCCUCAAGGCCGUGUGCAGACUGAACCCUUCCCUGAGGCUGCUCGGAGCCGCCCCGCUGACCAACCUCAUCCUGCACCUCAGUGACAGUGAGAGCGACUGGUCCGAGAUCAGCCUGGAUGUGAGAUUCCAGCAGUGUAUCACAGAGCUGAUUGGCUACCUGGAACAAGGGGCGUUACACAGCUACUUCAAGCCGGCUGUCAAUCUGCUGAGCGGCUUGUCAGAGGACCAGGUGGACCAGAUGGGUUUCAUGCUCUACUGCGCUGUGUCAGAGCCUGAAAUACUGCUUAUAUAACUGUCUGCACACACAACAUACUUCAAGCUCUGACACACACACACACACACACACACACACACACACACACACACACACACACACACACACACACACACACACACACACACACAGAUCAAAUUUGUUAAGAUCAAGGCUAAGAUGUUGUGAUCUUCCCACUGCUUACCCGUGUCGUUCAGCUCCUUCGUCCUGCUUUGACGCGAGAAUACAGUUGGAAUUACAAAAAAUGGCAGUUUGCACCAAACGGGAGGAGGAGAUGCGCAGAGAGACGAGAUGAAACAGUGAUAAUCAGACUGAACAAACCCCUCAGAGGAAAGGAGACGUGCCAAGGAAAGGAGCUGAGGAAGUGUUUAUCGACAUUUUUGACAUGAUGCUUUAGGAUGUGCCUCAUCAGAACAACAGACACCAAAGUCUGCAUUUAAGUUUGAAUGAUUAUUGGUUCUUUUCACGGGGAGUCGGUGAUGGUCAGCGUGGUCACACACAGUUCAGUAUUCAAAUGAACAGCGGAGGACUAAAUGAUGGCGUGUGCCCCUGCAAUAUUUUCCUAAAUCUACUUUAAUAUAAUCUAACUAUGCAGGAAAUUAAUGACCUACAGGUUUGAAUGCACUUAUAAAACCAUUAAGUCUGUCUAACUUAUUUAACGUAAAGGGUAUAUUUUAUUAUACUGGAGGUUUAAGUGUGCCGUGUUUUGUUUGUCUUGUUUGGUGUUCAGUCUGUUGCCAAUCUUAUUUGGGUUAAUUUACCCUUUAAAUUAUGAUUAAAGUUGCCUAAUAAGUGUGUGCUGUUGCUUUUAGAUACCGUAUGAAUGUUGUGGACAUUUCUUGAGUGGUGAGUUCUUUACUGAGUGAUGGAAAAUUAAUUUUCUGUGAUUGAACAGUAAAACUGCAAAUAAAAUUGAAAAGAUUUGUUUAGAUUUUUGCUCUGUUGUCCUGAAAUAUUUCUUUUCUAACUUGAAAAUUGAGUGUGACAAAGAUAAGUGUUGCAUGUGAAAAUGUUUCAUGCACCUUUUUGUUUUUUCAGUGAAGGUAGCUAACAACUGCCCUUAACUGAAGAGAGUCGUGCCAUUUUGUAAACUUUUUGCAAAAUUCAGUGGAAAUGCUGAAGUCAUCUUGUGAGAAAUCUUCAGUCUGCACUGCAUUU